UAUCUGUUCGGAGGCAGCGUGGUGACGUAAAUGUCCGGGGACAGCGUGGUGACGCCAACACGCCGCCCCACCCCCCCACUCUCGCCCUUGGACGCCAUCGCCGGGGUCGGAGCCGGAGCAAGAUGUCGGCGCGGACUUCAGUCAAAGCAACAGCUAAUUUGUUUCUGAAGUUUCAGAAAUGGUACUUUAAUGCUGCCGGAUACAACAAGUUGGGCCUUUUGCGGGAUGACACAUUGUACGAGGAUGAUGACGUGAAGGAGGCUGUGAGGAGGUUGCCUGAGAAUCUUUACAAUGACAGAAACUUCCGCAUAAAGCGAGCUCUGGACUUGAGUGUGAAGCAGAUCAUCCUUCCAAAAGAUAUGUGGCUAAAGUACGAACAGGAUGAACGCUACCUACAGCCAUACCUUAAAGAGGUUAUUUGUGAACGAAAGGAAAGAGAAGAAUGGAAUAGGAAAUAAUUUGGAUUCUUGGUCCUGUUUAAAAAUUUAAUAUGCAUUCAGUUGUACAGACCAUGUGCAGCAGAAAUGCAGCUUGAAAAAAAAAAUCCACUUUUAAAUUGCACGAAGGCAAAUAUGUUUUUUUGCUCGGGCAUUGAAUUAUCAGCUAAAAACUCGCUCUUUAAGUCUUUCAUGGACAAUUUAAUUUGUGUGAUUAUAUUUUAUAAAGCGAUUGCAAAUAAAAAUCAUCCCUCAAGUAUGUGUGUGUGACAGGCAAAUUAAAAUAACAACAAAAACCAAAUUUCUAUUAAAUUGCAUUAUUUGUUUCUGUU